UUUGAAGAGGGGGAAAAAAAAGGCUGUGGAGAUGAUGACUGGCUGAGAGUGGCUAGCUAUCUUUAGCAGUUUCUUCCCCUCUGAGGCAACUACGGUUAGGAUUUUUAUCGCAUUCAUGUCGAAACAACCAAAGACGUCGUGACACUCCUUUUUAUUCUCUCCCCCCUCCGUCAACACCACACGCAGAGGCAGCCAAACAGACCACUCCACCCCGCUUGGCCCUUAAGAUGGAGCACCAUGUUCACUGUCUCUCCUGUGUUAACCUGAGGUGCACGGUCAAACCCGAACCAGGAGUUUCUUGUGAUCUUAUCACGUGCCCAUUGGUGUGCGGGGCUGCGUUUCACUCCUGCAAAGUUAGCGAGCACCAACUCCUGUGCCCGCUGAUGAAGGUCCCUUGCCUUAAUAGUGGCUACGGCUGCCCGGCUAUGCUGCCUCGCGGCCAGAUGUCCGCACACCUGGACGUGUGUCCGGCCGGAGUCGUCUGCUGCACCAUGGAGUGGAACAGGUGGCCCGUUAGCUGCUUGAACUACACCUCUUACGACAGCUUGAUCAGUCUGUUGGAGGAGAUGGAGCAGCUGGACAUGGCGCUCGCACUCCAGGACCAGCAAACACUCCUUGACUCGAUGAAGAUGAUCGCCAAGACGCCACCCGCACAGGAAGACCCAGCUGUCAGAAAGGAGGCUAAAGCGAAACCCUUGGCUUCACAGCCGUCCGCUCCUGAAGACCCAACUUCGCAGUCGUCCCCCUCCGAUCCGUCACAGUCAGCUUCCAAAUGUUCGGCAAAGGAGAAAAUUCUCAGCGGGAUCAACGGCUUGAAAGAGGAACACCUCAGUAAGCUGUAUGAAGCCACGGUAGAGACCGCCAGAAGCUUGGCCGCUGCCCUGGACUUUGUUAGCAGCGCCAGCUGUGGCGAAAGCAGCUCAGUGGGAGAGAGCGUAGGAGACGCGUUGCUAAAGGGCAGCUUGAACAGCAAUGGAAACGUUCAGAACGAAGUGGAAGACACAACCCCUCAAGCCGCUGAUAGUUUGUACAAAAGUAGCAGAAAGGAGAACAGCUCUGCUCUGAGCUGUUUGGAGGAAACUAGAGCUCUCGAAGGAAUCGCUCUACAGAGCAAAAGCACAGCCAAUGGACCAUUGACGGGAGCAACACAAGCCAGCGCUGAUGCGUCCGAAGAACCCGUGACCCCUCAAAUGGCAUCCCCGGUGCACGUGAGCCAGGGUGUGGCACAGCGGGCUGACCACGUAGUUCUGGACGAUAAAGGGCUGGUUCUUCCAGGAAAUCCGGGACCCGAGAGGCUGCUCCACCUCAGCCACUACUUUAAGGGCCAGGGCCAAUAUCGUUUAGCUAACGGACAACUGGGGGUUAAACCAGACAGGAUGCCGUACCGAAUGCGGACAGAAAUGGAAGACAAAGCGGUGGACACGUCAGACUUGGAGCACGACGACGAUCCCAUGGGUCUCGGAGAGAUCGACGCGAUCCCAGCCGCCCUCCUCUUCUGUCUGGAAGAGUCCAGGGAGUGUAGAAGGAUCUCCGAUACGGUCUACGUCGACGGUUACCGUGUCGACCUGGGCACGCAGACCUUUACGUUCCCGGCUGCCAUCCUGGUGACCAAUACAAGAGUGGGCGACAUGGCGUCCGCUUCGGCCUGCGACCACGCCGCGCCGCAGCUCACUUACCCGAGCCCUCUCCGCACCCUCCGCCUCGGCCAGGUCCUCGAAGCGCUGGAGUCGGAGGCAGUGCCGUACAAUCGCUACCUCCCGCCUAACCCCCAACACCAGCACACCUUUCCCUUCUCGUGCGGGCAGUCGUUCAGGCGGGACCAGUUCCCCUCUCAUUUCAGGAACAUCCACGGCGAGAUUCACGCCUGGCUCAGUGGCUGGAUAGAGCAGCGGUGCCCCCUCGCGUAUUAUGGCUGCACCUUCUCCCAGCGUCGGUUUUACCCUUCCACCCGGGGAGCCAAGGUGGUUCACGACAGGCACCUCAAGGCGUUUGGGGUUCAGCCCUGCACCAGACUGGCACCACCGACGGACUGCCAGUCCGACCGCUUUAGUGGGCUCCCAAUUGAGAUACUGUGGCACAUAACCGGAUUCCUGGACAGUUUUAGCUUGUGCCAGCUGUCCCUGGUGUCAAGGACUAUGAGGGAAGUGUGUGGCAGUCUCCUCCAGGCCAGGGGCAUCGUGGAGCUGCAGUGGGAGCGGACAGAUUGUCCCGGCGGGCCUCGUAACGUGUCAUGGCAGGUCAAAAGUAAGGUGUGGAGAUUCAGCACCGCCUUCACUCCCGUGUCCUCGUGGGGUUUCACCGAGGUCCCCAGCAUGUCGGUUCACCUCAAGAAGUGCCCCUUCAACGUCGUGGAGCAGAAGACGGAGCCCAUCCCCCUGCCUGCCAUGUGCACCGCACGAGACGGCCUGUCGCUGCGUCGCGUCCUGCGCCACGUCAACACUUGACCAAACCAGGCGGAGCUUUAUGUGAAUGUUGCUAAAGAAAUGGAACGGUUUCCGAUGAGUUUUGAUUACAAAGACGCCUUAAUGGGGGGGGAAAAAAAAAAAAAAGACUUCAGGUCUGUAUCUGGAAGGAGAAAAUCGGCGUUUACUUUUGCAUGGAUUUGUGCUGAAAGCGCACCUUUAUUCUAAGAUGAAACAUAUUUUGACAAAGAUAAUUGAUAAUUGUGCACAAUAGAUUUAUAUUCUCCUGAAGGGUGAACUAAACGUUUAUUAUUCUGCCUCUGACUUGUAUCCAUGAAAAACAGCGAUUCGUAUUAAAACUCCAUUAUUUCUGUAUAGCAUAAACCAUGCCAGCACUUUAUAUACAUUUUUAAUUCCUUCCAAAUUGCGCAGUGAACCUGGUCUGACGAGCUUCCGUUCCCUAGCAAGGGUCAAAUGCUGCGUGCAUGUUAAGGUUUAUCUGAUCUUUGGAGUAUUAACAGUUGGAUGUCACAAAAUGUCUAAUGUAUCUGAUUGCUGCAAUUUAAUAAAGUGUUUACUGACUUUUUAA